CAUUCUUUCAUUAGCCUGUUGAUUUUCCUGUUGUGGCGCUGUAGUUCUGCCACCGUAAAAGCCUGAGAAGGAGGAGUGUAGCCUACCGCAGCACAGGAGACGUUUUACUUUACCACACCUCGACUCGUGAGCUGACCGUUUUAAAGAUAUCAUGUUCGUUUGAGGGAGAAAGCGGAUUCCACACUGAUGUUACGGCCCUACAGUACCUGAGGCAGUGGAAAUCUGGGGAGACGAGCAUCCACAGGAGAUUCAGUGAGAGGGAAGAGGUGACAUUCUAAACGUUAAGAGAAAGGAAUAGAACCGGACUUGGCACUGAGCCUUGGGGGACACCCAUCUUUUUUUGGGAUUGGACUGGUUGCAACGCUCUCACCAUUCCACCCUAAGCGGCGUUCUUGUUCUCCACCACGUCCUCCGCUGCCUGCAGGGCGUCCAGAGAGAACCAGGGCCUCCGGACCCACUCAGAGCAAAGCAGCAGCACAGCAGGGAUGAGCGAGUUCUGGCACAAGAUUGGCUGCUGCGUGGUGGCCAAACCUCCACCGAGAAAGAGGCGCAGGAAAAUCGACCGCAGCAUGAUCGGCGAGCCCACAAACUUUGUCCACUUGACACACAUUGGCUCUGGGGAGAUGGCAGAGGGCCGGGCCCCGUCAGGGCCGGUCCAGGAUAAGAUGAGGUCGAAAGGACCCAGUGCCAACGGCCGCAGGAGCAUGUUAUAGCUGCUGCCUACCAAGCAUGGAGAACCAUUUCCAUCCUCUAUGCGCCCCUCUCAUCCCAAAUCAAAAGCAGUCACUGCAGCGUAACCUGUUUCUAAUGGAGCACUUGGCAAACCUGAGAGCGGACCCUAAUAGAGAGCAGAGAGGCUCUUCCUGACGUCUGCAGGAUCGAUUUAGCCAAACAGGACGAUGCCCUUUCUGUGGUCACCACAAGAAUCGCCCUGCUCAGAGGAGGAUGGACUGAUGUUUUUGAUGCUUUUUAAAGAAAAGUAUUUGUCUUUCUGAUGGACUUUGGACUUCCACUGUAUUUCAGCCAACAACGUUUCUGUGUCAUGGCCAGCAAGCGUGUGUGAGAGUGUUUAGCAAAAUUUGUUGACUAACAUGGCUGAUUCCAUUUCAGGAAGUGAAGAUUGUUCUCAAGGAUCACCUGAAUGUUGUAAACCAUUGACCUACUGCCAAACAAAUAGUAUCCAAAAUAUCUUGCGUAUCUGUCUAAUGAAUGAGGAUGCACUUUUAUUUUCCCACAGUGCAUAGUUAAAGGUGUCUUUGUGUGUGUUUAUAAGUGCAAAAUGCUAUGUGAUUUUGUUGCUGUUUAGAUGCCAGUACUGAGUAGUGUUAUUUUGAUUGUACCAGUUGCCAUAGAGCCCCAUUUGGACUGCUACCCAGUUGCCAUAGAACCCCAUUUGGACUGCUACCCAGUUGCCAUAGAACCCCAUUUGGACUGCUACCCAGUUGCCAUAGAACCCCAUUUGGACUGCUACCCAGUUGCCAUAGAACCCCAUUUGGACUGCUACCCAGUUGCAAGCAUACAGAUAACUGCCAAAAUAAAGGAAACCCCAAUAUAGUGUCUUAAUAAGGUAUUGGGCACCACGAGCCAGAACAGCUUUAAUGCACCUUGGCAUAGAUUCUACAAGUGUCUGGAACUCAAUUGGAGGGAUGCGACACCAUCCCUCCAUGAGAAAUUAAAUAAUCUGGUGUUUUGUUGAUGGUGGUGGAAAACGCUGUCUCAGGCUCCGCUCCAGAAUCUCCUAUAAGUGUUCAAUUGGGUUGAGAUCUGGUGACUGAGACGGCCAUGGCAUAUGGUUUACAUCCUUUUCAUGCUCAUCAAACCAUUGUGGCCACUUGUGCCCAGUGGAUGGGUCAUUGUAAUCCUGGAAGAGACCACUCCCAUCGGGGUAGAUCUGUUUCACCCUACAGUAGGUAGAAGGUGAUCACUCAGAAUGGCUGUGUAUUUAUUGGAGUUUACCUUGUCCUCCAUGGGGUUGAGUGGACCUAAACCAUGCCAGGAAAAUGCACCUCCACACCAUAACAGAGCUGCCAAUAAGUACCCUCAUUUACUCAAGUGUUUCCUUUUAUUUUAGCAGUUCCCUGUAGCUGGUCACUGUGAUACACAAUUUACUAGCACCUACUCUGAAAAACCCAAACUAUUAGUCAGCGGGAAGAGUCUGUUAGUAACACGGGUUGUUGUUGAAAUUCGAAACACCCUGACCAUUACGGGGCUUUCCAGUGAUCUAUCCUGGAAUUAUGCCACUCAUUAAAUCAACUGCAUCGAAGGAACAUUCCAGAAGGUAGUUUGUUCUCUUGUCGGGGGGGAGGGGGAUGUCCACCCCAUUGAUCAGAAUGGAAAAUUCCAACCAUUUCACUGUGCAUUCCCCUUGUAAUUUCUAUAUGGCCUCCCACUUGAGCUUGUUGUAGGUGACGUGCCCUCCAAGCUGGCUUGUGACCCACAUGACAUCCACACGAUAGUGACAUACAUUCUGAAACCAGGUGGCAGUUUUAAACAUCUGAUUUAAAUCAUACAGUAGAAAUGAAAGUUUGUUUCCUGUACACAACUGUAUUUCUGACGUGCUUAGUAUACACAAUCUGUGAAUAACUCGUCACUCUCUGUAGUUUUUUUGCUAAGUGUGUCCAUACGGGGGAAAAUUCACCGUUUGAAUUGGAAUGUUUUUUUAAUAUUGUAUCUUAUUUGAUUUAGCUAGGCCAGUAUCCUAUGUGAUUUAGCUAGGCCAUUAUCCUAUGUGAUUUAGCUAGGCCAGUAUCCUAUACCAGAACAUAUGGCGUAUGGAUGGUGUAGAACAUGUACAGUAUGUUGUCCCUUUCACUAAUACCGUAUGUGUUUUAUACACUGGGCCUAAUGUUUACUUAAUGCUGAAGGGUGACUUUGCAUAUUGCUUGGUGGCUUUCCUAUCUUUGUUAGAGCAUGUAAUCCUGGGUAAAUUCUCAGCCUAACAGAAUGACUGCUGCCUUGAAGUUUCUUGAACAGUGUACAUUGGGAACGUCAGUCAUUUGAGUCUGUUGGCAUUUUAAGUUUCUAUCCCAUCUUUAUCAUGAUUGUUGUUAGACCAAAGCUUGAGUUCAUUAGAAAUGAUUUGUGCAACCUCUUGAUUCUUCCUGGAAAUACAGUUCACAUUCUGAAUAGAAUUCUGGGGGAGUAAUCUCUUCUGAUGUUGAAUGUUAUCACCAAAUGUGUUACUCAAUUUUCACUGCCUGGUACAGAAAUAAUAGAAUUUCAACCAACUGGUUUCAGUGGCCCCUAUGGGCUCUGCUGUGAACAUUUCUGGGAGAUUGUAUCAUUUUCAUUGAAGUUAAAGUGGGAAUCUAUAGUUGCUACAUCCAUUUUGGGAUUUAUAAAUUAUAUAUACCCAUUGAUUCUUGAAUAUCUCAUAAAUGCCUUAGUUCAACUAUAUUGUUGAUAUCAUGGAUGUUCAGUCCUUGCAUUAGUAGCUCUAUGAGUUUGAGAGCGGUUACAUUUCUCCAGGCCCAUUCUUCAGCAUUUUACCAAAACACAGGCAGGGUGACUGCUUUGUCAUUGUUUCAAUUAAGGAUUCUAGCUUUAAUCUCAAACUACUUCAACAAACACAUCUCACUGAAUCCAUCUGGUAUAGCACAAAUAUUGCAAUCUAAACAAAUGCCCUAAAAUAAAUGGAAUGUAUGCUAUA